AUGGACACUGUUGUACGCAUGUUUAAGGUACUGGCCAUAACGCGGAGUUGGUACAUGUGCUUCAGUGCUUAAAUUAGUAUUAUUUCAAAUCUCGCUAUUUCAGCUGAUCUUCACGGACCUCUGGCUCCUGAAGAAUCUGCGAACUGGAAAAGCCAGUUCCCAUGCUCUCCAAAACACUCUCUCUAGACAAUACAAGACCUUAAACACUGCUUUUGUCUGAAAAUAUUUUGAAAGGCCAAGACAACCUUUAAUACAACACAACAGUUAAUAUAAAUUUACACAGAAGUUAAAAGUGAAUUCUUUUCAGAGCAGUCCACGGCUUUUUAAAGAGCUUAUUUAUUAUUUAGAUAUAGUGCCCUCUAAUUACUUUUUGACUACUUCGCAUUGAUAAAGUAAUUGAUUAUUCUUAUUUCUGUUUUUAAUUUUUUUGUGAAGAGCCUUAGAGUUUUAGGACGUGCCGCGCUAAGGAAGUACGAUCUAUGUUUGUUAAUAGAUUCUCUCUUGAUAUGGAGUGAUGUUUUGUAAUGAAAUAUAGUGAACAAAUCGAUACGAUAGAAAAAAAAGCUCAAGAAACAUCAGAAUGAAAGGAUGCAGAAUAAUGUGUUAAUUAAUUCGAAUAGAAUGCAAUUCAGUAAUAAAUGUUUACACAGUCUUUGAGUUGACUGUAAAUUUUGAACUACGUGCACUGGUGAGAAUGUGAAAGAUUGAUUACACUUUGUAUAUUGAAGAAAAAAAAUCGCAACUGAUCUAUAAAUUACCCCCCAAAAAUACAGUUAUGUCGUUAAACGGUACGAUCUUGUGUGUGUUAAUAAGUAACCGAGAUUGGUUUAAUUGUUCUUGUUCAAAUACCCAGUAAAAAAGCUGAUUAAACUUUGUUGUAUUGGUUUAUAGUACUGUGGAAAACACUCUCAAGUAGCCACGCAAGCUCGAGGAAUUGAUUUUUCUGAGAACUUGUUACUCUUUUUCGUAUUUUUAUUGUUAUCACUCGGUUUACCUUCUUGUUAGUUUUCUCAAAUAUGCAUAUUUUUUCUGUAACGUCAAUUCUCGGCGUUGCGUUAUGUGAUCGUCAUUGUCAAAUUUCGUAAAUUCAUUAGUUCUAUUGUCCUUGUUCAGUUCAAAAUAAAUGUUUUCUCUUUCGUCCAUUUAAACCAGUCUUUGUACCCUGAGUUGCCGAACAGAUCUUGUAAGUAUAGUUUGUCAUGUAUUUUUGCUUGUAUUUUAUUCGAUUGUUUGUCGGUCCCAAAGUUUUCUUUUUUGGCAAAGUUUUUCAGUCCUCGUUUAAUAAUUCUGUAGUUUCCUGUGUUUAAAAUUGUUACAGUGAGUAAAAGGAUUUUCACCUUUUCAGUCGUUUUAUCGUGGGGCUUUUUUUGACCAAUACCUCUGUGAAAAGGAUAAGGAAAAGGAAUGUUGCCUCAAAAAACACACUUCAGUUUCUUUUCCAGUUAACGUUAAUAUUUUCAUUACUUGCUCAAAAGAAGUCAGAACCAAUUCCCAUGACCGGCGUUUGAGAAUAAGUGGAGUGAAAAAUCUAAAAUGAGUCGGGGCAUUUUUGUUUUCACAGAGGGAAACGACAUUUUCGAAAAUGUUGCAAUAACAACUGGUACGAUUGUCGGCUUUUUGACGGAAACAUGACCAUCGAAAACUUUCUAUGGUAGAACUUCUUCUUUCCACUAUGAUUCCAAAAACAUUGUUUUCAGUUGCUUUGUUUUUCUUCGUGAUUGUUUUUUUCUCAAGCAAAAGGCUUUAUCUGACGCGCAGUGAAGUGCAUGUACCCUGUAAAUUAUGUUUUGGUACUCAACCUCUCUUACCUGAAGUGUAACAGAAUUAGAAAUUGAUUCUUUGUAGCCUAAGGCCAUUUCAGUGUUGAUGCCAAUGUCAAAAAACAGCUGCCCUAAUAGUGAUAAUCAAUUUCAUUCAGUCGAAACUAAAACGCUAUCAUGCGAACGACCUCAAUACUUGAUCAGAAUUUGGAAGUAAAACUAAUAUCUCUUCGUAGCACAAAAUAUUUCAUUUGAAAGCGGGCUCUUCGCGUUUUUCUUCUUCGAUAAUAAAUACAGGACACAGAAUCUUCCAGCCCCUCCCUUUCUUCCAGCACCGACAACGAAAAGGCGAUCAACCUCAGGAUGAAUAUUCAUUACUACUUGCAACCAAUAGCCGAGUUUCCAUUGUCGUCAUUUUUACAGCCAAUUUCUCUCUUCAACAAGAAGAUUUUGCAGUCGGAAAGCAUAAACCAUCUGUGGCCGUGGGUCUGAUAGGGUAAUAUCGGUUACUGCUUAUUGUUGUUCAGUGUUGUAAAUAAGGUCAAUUUGGUUGUCAACAAGCACUGAUUUAUAUUUUAUAGCUGCUUUCCAACCAAAACGCUUACGAUUAUUUUUCCCCAGCAAGAUUGCAUCAUUUAGGGUACGUAUAAACUCAGUGAGAAUGAUUAAUUUGCUAAGACUGUCCUGCACAGCCCAUUCAUUUUUUUAUCUCAACAUCCCAAAUUAUUUUCGAGUAGAAUGCCAAAAACAUUAAUGAUGGUCUCAAAUAUUCGCUGAAUUGAUACUUUAGCUUCAUUUUCAGUGUCGAGCACUGUUUAGCAAGACAAACAAGGGCGUUGUCAGUAAUCCUUUGAACUGCGCGAUGUUGAACGAUGGGCUUUUAGGGUGGUUCCAGUUUUUGAGUUUUUAACGCAAUCCCUUAUUCUGACUUUUCAAAUGAAACCUGUUCAGUAAUACUUUUGCAUGGCACCACAAAAUUUUCAGCAUUUAACCAAAUGAAAUUUGCAAACUUUUGUUAAAGUUUGACUUUGAGCGUGAACAGAGUUAAGAUAAAACACAGUCUUAGACUCAGUGUAACUGAAAGUUUCUUAGACUCCCUCAAAACUAAUCAAAUCUCUUUGGUUCAAUUUUUUUUCUCUUUAAAAUUUAGACUAAAAUUUCAAAACCUCAGCCGUGUUUUAACGGAUUUAAAAAGACUCAUGAAUGAAGUGCUUGUCUUCUUUAUAGCGCCUCCAUAAUCUAUAAAUGUUGAAAGAGUCGUGCACUUAAUUAUAACCGCGAACACUAAACCACAAUUGAGAACAGAGAAUGAAGCUGUCCGAGUUUCACAUUAGCGAUCUUCCCCUUUUGCGCCUGGGAGCUAAUUCGAGGAUUUUCGUUAUUGAUUCCAUCACAACUUUUUUUGCCUUCAAGACAGGAAGAAACAUGGUUGUUAAGAAAACAGUUCUCAUUUUCGUAAUUGGCCUAUUUACAGUGGAUCUGGCACAGAUCGGAGCAUCAGGUAAAAAUCGAUUUAAGUUAGACAGGAGGCUAUAACCACAGAGGCUCCAUCCGUCACAUUUAACAUUAUUUGUGUUUUGAAUGUACAAUUGUAAAUCUCGCUACGAAUAGGCAAUUUACAAAUGCUGCUUGAGAUUGGAAUAUUCAAAAAAAAAACAGAGAAGAAAAAAGAAAAGAAAAGACAUCAAAAUUGCAUUAUGUUUGGGCUAUCCCAAUACAUUUUUCUACAUCAAAAGAUGUAAUAUGUUGCUCUAAUGGCUAUACAGUUGACUCCCGAUAACUCGAACCCUCGCUAACUCAAACCUCGCGCUAACUCGAACCAAACUCGAUUUCCCCUGGAUUUCCCUCAUACGUUUACUCUAAUUUUACCCUCGGUAACUCGGACCUACCACUAACUCGAAGUAGUUUUUGUUUUCCCUCAGAUCAUUUCUCUAUAAUUUUACCCUCGAUAACUCGAACCGUGUUUUGAGCCUUUAAAAAGACGAAAAAAAACAAAAAAAAAAACAGUGUGCUGGCGUCCAAAACAUUGAAUUUUGAAUCACUUCCCAUUGACGUGUUGUAGGCAUAUAGUUUACUAUAGUGAAGGCUGAUGUUGGUUGUCACAAAUCUAACGUGAAACAGCUUUACCAGUCUCAAAACAGUAAAACGCAUACUCUUAAUAUUACGCUAUGUGUUGUCACGUUACUUUCUGUUUUAUAAUUUAGAAGAAUCUUUUAAUUUACACUUGACACUUCUACAAUUGAAUGUGAUUAAAAUGUUCACAGUGCAGUAAAAGCUGUUCUUUUCCCUGUUUUCCUUACUCCCGAGGCUAUUUUCUGCCCGAUGACUCCAACUCUUUUCGAUUUCCCUUGAAGGUUCGAGUCAUCGGACGUCGACUGUAUAUAAAUAUAUAAAAGGCAUGUAUUACUUCAAACUUAGCAAAAAAAAGUUUCAGUUUUCAUAUCUUUACUUUUAUAGUAUUUGACGAAUGUAAAGACUACGAACAACUAGACGACAGUGAGCGUGCUGCAGGUGUGCACAGAGGAAAUACUCUGAAAUGUGACCAGAAAGACCUGACCACCCCCAACUGGUACAGGUUUAUUGGAAACGCUGGUAUUCAGAUGCCAACCUCCUGUGUUCCAGUACAUUACUGUGGAACACAUGCACCUGGAUGGUUAAGCACUCCGCAUCCAACAAGUGUCGGACAGAUCGUUAAUGGCACAGUGUGCUUUAACUGGGGUGAUAACUGUUGUAGCUGGGAUGCAAACAUCCAGAUCAAGAGAUGUAAUGGAUUUUACGUUUACAAACUGGUCGCAACACCUGUAUGCUGGUUACGGUACUGUGGAAAUGCAGGAUUCGGUGAGUGAAGGGGUCGAACCAUUAAUUCAGUGGUAACAUAUCUCUAAGUAAAGAACAAAGAUAACUAAGGGUGGAUUUCCACUGUCGCGUAAUUUUCACAUGAGUACGCACGUUUUUAGGCGCUUAAAUAAAAUUGAGGCGAUGUAUGACUGGGUCGCGCGUAAACGUAACUGUUGAGCGAAGUUCAAAUUUACGUUUACGCGUGACCUUCCUACAUUGCCUCUAUUUUAUUUGCGCGUCUAAAAUCUACGUGUAUGUGUACGCACAUAAAAAUUAAGCGACAGUGGAAAUCCACCUUAAAGUGUAAGCAUGUACGUCAUUGGGAAAUUGUAGAUUUAACAAAUAUAAUUAACUAAAUAACUUAUUAUUCAUUUUACAUCUCCCAAAAACUCCUCAGACCCAUGUGAAGCAAGCAAGCCUUGUCAAAACGGAGCAACAUGUGUUAAUAACAACGAUGAUUACUUCUGUCACUGCAAGCCGGGUUACGAAGGGAAGGACUGCGAACAAGGUAAGUAACCAACAUUGUUUUUUCCAUUUAUGAAAGUAGAACAAAAACUUUAUAUUGUGCCGUUUGAAGUAAUAUUUAGGAGGCUUGUUUUUAGAAAAGUCGUAUAGAUAGAGCUAUUUCUAGGAAUCUAUAUUAACGAGCGUAUUGUUUUUUGAAAAUUUUGCCUGAUGGAAAAAAAUAAGAAGAUUUAACAAUUAUUCCUCGAGCCCGAAUGGGCUCUGAGUCAAUAGCCCAUGAAGGACGAAGGCCGAAUAGGCUAUUGACUCAGAGGCUAUGAGGGCAAGAGGAAUAAUUGUUUUAGUAACAUCCAACUAGAUGGUCAAAAAUAUCGAGAAUAAAAAAGUUUUAGCUACUUAAAGCUGGACUUUAAUCCUUUUUUGCCGCCGAAAAGCCGGCGCUUUUCGCUACUAGUGGGCUAUAACAUAUAGCCUAGUAGUAGCUCAACCAAUCAGAACGCAGCAUUAAUAAUAGACCACUAGUUCGAUUUUACUAAACAUUGAUAACACUGCUUUACUUGCAGACGUCGAUGAGUGUACCUCUGGACCUUGUCGCAAUGGAGGAACAUGUGAAAACCUUCCAGGAAGCUACAAGUGUGAAUGCAAGCCUGGAUUCUUGGGCAAUGACUGUGAAAUCGGUACAUAUUUUGCAUUCUUA